GGAAAAAAAUGUGAUAAUGAUGAUUUGGAGUUAAUAGCUUUGAGAGUCUAGCCCAAUUCAUGGAUUUUUUCUAUUUAUCUUAAACUGUGGGCUUUUUAUGGGGAACUUAGGACAGUGCGUGAGCAGCAGCCAUAAUUAUUCCUUCCUUCAGACUCUUUGGAAUACAUAGGAGCGGAGCGUCAGAGCACUCUGUCUACAUGUCUUUAAUUUCACCAACGACUCAUCUCAAACAUUCACUGAAUGCAGACUAACAGGGAUGCCAAAGGAAAAAUAUGACCCCCCAGAUCCUCGGAGAUUAUAUACCAUCAUGUCAGCUGAGGAGGCUGCCAAUGGAAAGAAGUCACACUGGGCAGAAUUAGAAAUCUCUGGUAGGGUGAGAAGCUUAAGCACUUCAUUAUGGACGCUGACACACUUAACUGCACUACAUAUUAAUGACAACAACCUGAGUCGCAUUCCACCAGACAUUGCCAAGCUCCAACACCUGACUUACCUGAACCUGUCAUCCAAUAAACUCCGCAGCUUGCCAGCAGAACUCGGAAACAUGGUGUCGCUCAGGGAAUUGCUUUUAAAUAACAAUCUCUUACGAGUUUUGCCUUAUGAACUUGGGCGGCUGUUCCAGCUACAGACCCUGGGUUUAAAAGGGAAUCCGUUGUCACAAGAUAUUCUCAACCUGUACCAGGAACCUGAUGGAACAAGAAAGCUACUAAAUUAUAUGCUUGAUAAUCUAGCAGUCCACCCAGAGCAUCUUCCACAGAGGCCGUGGAUCACAUUGAAAGAACGAGACCAAAUGCUCCCUACAGCCCUAUUCACAAUCAUGUGUUUCAAUGUACUUUGUGACAAGUAUGCCACAAGGCAGCUCUACGGCUACUGCCCAUCUUGGGCGUUAAACUGGGAGUACAGAAAAAAGGGAAUUCUGGAAGAGAUUGUCAACUGUGAUGCAGAUAUUAUUAGUCUUCAGGAAGUUGAAACCGAGCAAUACUACACCCUCUUUCUGCAAGCAUUAAAGGAGCGUGGGUAUGAUGGGUUCUUUUGUCCAAAGUCUCGUGCCAAAUUAGUGUCAGAGCAAGAAAGGAAACAUGUGGAUGGAUGUGCAAUAUUUUUCAAAACUGAGAAAUUUACGUUGGUGCAGAAGAACACAGUGGAAUUCAACCAGGUGGCCAUGGCAAACUCUGAAGGCUCAGAAGUUAUGUUGAAUCGAGUAAUGACGAAAGACAACAUUGGCGUAGCAGUAUUGUUAGAGGUCAACAAUGAUAUCUUUGUAGGAGGUAUGAAGCCGCUUCAUAGUAUUGAGAAACAACUACUUUUAGUGGCCAACGCACACAUGCACUGGGACCCUGAGUACUCCGAUGUGAAGCUGAUCCAGACUAUGAUGUUUACCUCUGAAUUGAAGAACAUUGUUGAGAAGGCCUCCAGCUCUGGCAAGCCAGGCUCUCCAGCUUCUGAUCCCAGCUCCAUCCCAAUCGUGCUGUGUGCGGAUCUGAACUCGCUGCCAGAUUCAGGUGUUGUUGAAUAUUUAAGCAAUGGAGGAGUAGAAGAAAAUCACAAGGACUUUAAGGAACUGCGAUACAAUGAAUGUCUCAUGAACUUCAGUUGCAAUGGGAAAAACGGAAACUCUGACAGCAGAAUCACUCACAGCUUUCACCUGAAGAGCGCCUAUGAUAACAACAUAAUGCCUUACACCAAUUACACCUACGACUUUAAGGGUGUUAUUGACUACAUUUUCUAUUCCAAGACUCACAUGAAUGUGUUAGGGGUCCUGGGACCUCUGGAUCCUCAGUGGCUGAUUGAAAACAGCAUCACCGGCUGCCCACACCCCCACAUCCCCUCCGACCACUUCUCCCUGCUGACUCAACUUGAGCUCCACCCCCCUACCCCGUCCCUUAUUAACGGGGUCCACUUGCCUGUCCGAAGGUAGUAGAGCCCCUCCCAUGAGGACUAGGGCCUCUUCCUAAGGACCUGUACAAUUGUAAAAAAAAAAGUAUGUAGGAGUGAAGUAUGGCUCACAUACUGAUCCUUUCCUAGGCUGUUCCUUUUUAUGGUUUGAACAUAAUUUAUUUGUUUCUUCUUCUAAGCUUUAUACCAAAAAGGGCUGGGAUUACAACAGUGUUAUUUUAUCAUAAUCGUUUGAUGCACGCAGCUUUAAAGAAAAAAAAGUCGGGAGAAAUGACCACUGAGGAAAACUGAAACUCCACCAAUACAUAUGCUUUGCAACUGGAAAAGACACAUUCUCUGCAGAGGAUUUUAGUAUUUUCCCAGCCCUACACACAAACAAACGCUGCUUACUCUGCAUUUCUUUUAUUUAUUUAUUUAUAUAUAUAUUAACCCCCCCCCCCCCUUCUCCCAGACAAACAAAAAUGACCUAAAAUGUGAAAUUUUCAAAUUCUUCAUUCAGAUUUAUUUAUAAAAGGGAACUUUAAAAUAAAGGACUGCAUUAAAAUAUUUAAAUAUCCCCGGAGAUAUUUUUGUAAAAUAGUUUUUAAAAUAAUAGUAAUAAACUGAAAACUACCCUUUUUAAUUAAUUGUAUAACUUUAGUACCAGGUGCUGGUUAUAUUCCACUGUUAAAAUGGCUUCAACAUUUCAGGCCACUUUGUUUUAAACUGUCUAAUAUAUAUAUAUAUUAUAAUUUGUCAUAAUGGUCACAUUAAUCAAGCCAUAACUUGCCCGAAGCACAAAAAUAUGUAUAAAAAAAUAUUAAACCAGAUAUACUGUACUUUUUAUUCAGUGGACAUUACCGUUUAUGCAUCGCUGCUGUUUGUAAUUGCUGCAGUAUUUUCCUGCCAUGGCAUUUUUGUUUCUUUUGAAUUGAAUACUUUGUGAGCAAUAUGUUUUGUCCAUACUUCACUCCCGGUAUUUUGUGAGAUAUGUUUGUAUAAAAUUAAAUUUGAACUUCUCUUGUAAUGAUUGUAUAUGAACCACAGAGAAGGCCAUUUAUUGAUUUUUUCUUUUUUUUCUCUGUCUUUAUAUAACUAUUCAAAGAUUAGAAACAGUUGAUUUGGAAGGAGGGAGGUACAGCACAUAACUGCUUUUUCAAAGUUCAUGAAAAGAGGUACUGUAGUGUGAAUGUGUGUUUGUUUGGAUAUUCUUUGUUGCAAAUGGCCACCUAUUUCCCACAAACAUGUAACACAUUACGUUCUCUUUUAAAAUUCAUUGUAAAUAUUAUAAUUGCUAAAAAAUAAUAUAACCAAAAACUUUUUUUUUUUUAAAUCUUAAUCUAGGACUGUCAUAAUUUGAAAUGUAACGACAACACAAGCUGUAAAGCACACUAUAAAGUUAAAUAUAGGCAACAUGUUGUACUAAACAAAAAUCAUGGCAGGGGAGGAUUAGCAAAACUGCUAACCUUGGUAACUGAUCUAAUAAUUUUGCCUAUGAUCAUUAACAUAGCAACACUAGUGGAUAUCGACUGUAAUGACCCAUCCUCAUAUUUCAUACACCAUACUAUACAGCAGGACCUGUCACUUGGAUUGUAAACUAUAGAAAGGUUUUUAUUUGUGGUUCUUGUAGACUAUCAUUUUAUAACAAUGUGCCUAGUUUUUUCUACUACUUAAGCAGCAGCAGCACUGCCAAAAGCAUGCAGAGAAUCAAAAACAAAUGCAACUCCCAGCACCCUUCUGCAGGCAUCUAUUUAAACAUUCAGUACAAUAGAUCUAAUAGAUCUGUGGAAAUGUAUGUAACCUAAAACACACACAUUAUUUUUUUUGUUUCGUUUUAGAGAACAUGAAAAUUGGAAAACAAAUGUUAAAAGUCAGAUAUGACAGUGUGCUCCAAAACCAGAUCUCCCUUUUACCUCCUUUUUCAGCCAAUUUACAGUCUCUACUGUGUAUUGUGCAUUCUAACAUGAUUUGUUAUGCUUAAUGUGCCUCAUUAUCUUAAUUUGUAUCCCCCCCCCCCCUCUUUUUUUUUUUUAGUUAAUAUUCAUGCGUUAUGAAGUUGUGGAGUAACAGUAAAUGCAGGUCUCUCAUGUCAUCACUUUCAAAGCCAAAUACAUUAUUGGGCUGCUGGCCCGGAAUGGUGAUAUUUGUGAAUAGCAAUGGUUUUCCAAAAUUCAAAAACCUUUAGUUUUUUUACAAAUACAUUUGAUUUGUUGUGAUAUGUCGUAUUUGUCCAGAUGCAUGUGGAAGAAGUUUUUACCCAUUUUUACCAAAAAGUUCCGAUACAACUAUUUUUUUUUUUAACACAUUUUCACGUGAAGUUUGGCCUACUAAUUUCUACUAAGAAAAUCCAUGACUUAAAAUUGUAUUACUCUAUUAUAUGUAUGUAUACAGUUGAAUUGGAAGUUAAAUCUCAUAGUUUGUAUGUAGCAGAAUCAGAUUUAUUUGUGCAGAUUAAAAAUGGCAAUAACAAUUAGUCGGGGGGGGUGGGGGGGGGGG